AUGACCACCCCCACGACACGAGACUCGAGCCUCAACCCGAAACUGACCCGCCUCCGACGCGCCUGCGACAUGUGCUCGCAACGCAAGGUCAAGUGCGACGAAUCCGGACCCCCAUGCAAACCCUGCCUGGAUCUACAAGUGGAAUGCACCUUCAACCGCGAACUGAAACGCCGUGGACCGCCUAACAAGCACGCCCAGGCUGCCCGCGCCGCCCAGCGCCCUCGCCUGGCUGCUCCUGGCCCUGGCCCUGGCCCUGGCGUGGUGACGGGCGUGGUGACGGGGGCGGUAACGGGGGCAUCCCCCCACAACGCGGCGCAAACCCUCGUCGCCAUCGCCGAGGGCCCCGCCGCCGCGCGUCUCGACGCCGAAGCCAUCGCGCCCAUGCCGGUGCUCGAGCUCCUCGUCGACGACUUUUUCACCUACAUCCACCCGCUCUGCCCCUUCCCCCACGAGCCCACCUUCCGCGACGCCUUUGCCAACCGCCAGGACCGCACCCACCCGGAGUUCCUGAGCCUCCUGGCCUCCAUGAUCGGCGCCCUGGUCGCCUCCUUCCCCCGCAGCGCGCGCCAGCACCUCAAGUCCCAGCACAGCACCCACCUGUUCCCGCGCGCCAUCGUCAUGAUCGAGAAGUGCCGCGAGAUCGCCCUGGACACGCGCGGCCCCAGGUGGGCGGCCAAGCAACCCAAGACGCUGGACGAUGCCGCCACCAGCUACUUUCUGGGACUGGCGGCCGGCUACACCCUCAACGUUAAUUUGUACCGCUACUUUACCGCCGAGUGCUUGACGCUGAUUCGGGAGUUGGGGUUCCAUCGGCCCAGGAAUCCGGGUGAAUUACCCACGUUUGGGGGGCACGACACCAACCCGACCGACCCCCUGCCUUUCCACCACAUCAAGGACCAGAUUGGCAAGCGGAUUUUUUGGUGUCUUCUUCUCGGUGUUCGUUCCUUCUCCCAACUAGGCGUCUCCCACGCCGAGCUCGUCAUCCCCCCCUCGACGCCCAGCUUACCGUAUCCCGCCCUGCCCGAAAACGUCGACGACCGGUGGAUCAUGGCCAACGAGAUCCAGUUCUCCGAAAACAACAGCGUCACCCUCCUCACCGGCUUCCGCUUCGCCGUCGAGAUCUACACCACCAUGAACGCCAUCGUCAGCGUCGAGCUCGUGUACGGCAUGAGCACCCUUCCCUGGCCCGACCAGCGCGCCAUGCUGCGCGACGCCCUGAUCGCCGCCAAGGACAUCAUCGACCGGCUGCCGCCCGAGCUGCAGCUCAACGCGAACCACGACCCGUCCAACAACAACAACAACAGCAGCAACAACAACGCCUUCGCGGGCGGGCUCGACACCACGUUCGACGCCGUCGUCGGCGACUUGCAGUACGUGCCGCCCGCGUACCCGGGCCACCACCAGCCGCCGCCGGCCAACGACGUGCGCAACGUGAUCAAAGGGAACGCGCAGCGCCGGCGCCAGCUGCAGUACGAGAUACAGAAAGCCAACAUUUUCGUUUCGCAGCUCGCCACGCGGUCGUAUUUCGUCGAGCUGUACUUUAACCUCCGCGACAUCCACCUCGCCGACGCGAACGCCAAGCCGGCGGCUCCCGGUGAUGAUGCUGCGGACGAAGCGAGCACGACGGCCAAGGAGGCCGAGGAGGCCGAGGCGGAGCGCGUGUUCGAGCUCAUGACGGCCGAGCGGGAACUCAUCGUCCAGAACCUCCUGCACGUGCUGGGGGCCAUUUCGCAGCGCAACUUGGAGCCGAAUGGCGGGUCGCUCAUCAACAAGAUCCGCCAGGUGGCGUCCACGCUGCUCAACGACGCGCCGGAGAGGAAGGGCCCGCUGGCGAUCAAGUCGGAGGGGGCGCUGGGGCGGUUGAUUGAUUUCCUGGUCAAGCUGGAGGGGACGGGGCAUGGGAAUGUCGGGGACCAGAGCAUGACGCAGCAGGAUGAGGAGGAGGAGUUGAGGCUUUGGGCAAGUCUGAGGGAUUAUCAGCAGCAGUUUGCCACUAUUGGGGGGUAUGCCGGGAAUCUCUAG